CCCCGAUCCCGGCCGGCAUGAUGUGCCUGGAGUGCGCCUCGGCGGCGGCGGGCGGCGCGGAGGAGGAGGAGGCGGACGCGGAGCGGCGGCGGCGGCGCCGGGGGGCGCAGCGCGGGGCUGGCGGUGGCGGCUGCUGCGGGGCGCGCGGCGCGGGCGGCGCUGGAGUCUCGGCCGCGGACGAUGAGGUGCAGACCCUGUCGGGCAGCGUGAGGCGGGCCCCAGCCGCAGCCCCCGGCACCCCCGGCACUCCCGGCUGCGCAGCUGCUGCCAAGGGCCCGGGAGCGCAGCAGCCCAAACCGGCCAGCUUGGGCCGCGGGCGGGGGGCAGCCGCCGCCAUCCUCAGCUUGGGCAACGUGCUCAACUACCUGGACAGGUACACCGUGGCAGGCGUCCUUCUGGACAUCCAGCAGCACUUUGGGGUCAAGGACCGAGGCGCCGGCUUGCUGCAGUCAGUGUUCAUCUGCAGCUUCAUGGUGGCCGCCCCCAUCUUCGGCUACCUGGGUGAUCGCUUCAACAGGAAGGUGAUUCUCAGCUGCGGCAUUUUCUUCUGGUCGGCAGUCACCUUUUCCAGCUCCUUCAUUCCCCAGCAGUACUUCUGGCUGCUGGUCCUGUCCCGGGGGCUGGUGGGCAUCGGCGAGGCCAGCUACUCCACCAUCGCGCCCACCAUCAUCGGCGACCUCUUCACCAACAACACGCGCACGCUCAUGCUGUCCGUCUUCUACUUCGCCAUCCCGCUGGGCAGCGGCCUGGGCUACAUCACUGGCUCCAGCGUGAAGCAGGCAGCCGGAGACUGGCACUGGGCCUUGCGGGUGUCCCCUGUCCUGGGCAUGAUCACAGGAACGCUCAUCCUCAUCCUGGUCCCAGCCACUAAGAGAGGCCAUGCCGACCAGCUUGGGGACCAGCUGAAGGCCCGGACCUCAUGGCUCCGAGAUAUGAAGGCCCUGAUCCGGAACCGCAGCUACGUCUUCUCCUCCCUGGCCACGUCGGCUGUCUCCUUCGCCACAGGGGCCCUGGGCAUGUGGAUCCCACUGUACCUGCACCGCGCACAAGUCGUGCAGAAGACGGCGGAGUCAUGCAGCAGCCCGCCCUGUGGGGCCAAGGACAGCCUCAUCUUUGGGGCCAUCACCUGCUUUACGGGCUUCCUGGGCGUGGUCACGGGUGCGGGAGCCACGCGCUGGUGCCGCCUGAGGACCCAGCGGGCCGACCCCCUGGUGUGUGCCGUGGGCAUGCUGGGCUCUGCCAUCUUCAUCUGCCUGAUCUUCGUGGCUGCCAAGAGCAGCAUCGUAGGGGCCUAUAUCUGUAUCUUUGUCGGGGAGACACUGCUGUUUUCCAACUGGGCCAUCACCGCCGACAUCCUCAUGUACGUGGUCAUCCCCACCCGGCGCGCCACGGCCGUGGCCUUGCAGAGCUUCACCUCCCACCUGCUGGGGGACGCCGGGAGCCCCUACCUCAUUGGCUUUAUCUCAGACCUGAUCCGCCAGAGCACCAAGGACUCCCCGCUCUGGGAGUUCCUGAGCCUGGGCUACGCGCUCAUGCUCUGCCCCUUCGUCGUGGUCCUGGGGGGCAUGUUCUUCCUCGCCACGGCGCUAUUCUUCCUCAGCGACCGUGCCAAGGCUGAGCAGCAGGCUCUCCCACCUCCCCCUGGGGCUGACGAGGUCCCUGCCCAGCACCUCCGGUCAGCUGGCCCCCACGACGCGAUGUGCCAGAGCAGUGCCCGGGCCCGGCCCCUGCUGACGCGCCACCCUGACCCCCGCCCGUCUCUCCCCCAGGGUGAACCAGCUGGUGAUGCCGCCCGCAUCUGUGAAAGUCUGAGGUGGUGCCACUGGGACAAUGAAGAACCCACACUCCCACCUAGUCUGGAAGGUGUCCUACAGCGUCUGGGACCACCUGGGCUGCCCACCGGCCUUCUGUGUGAUCCACGGCUAGGCGACCACCUGCUCUGGCCAGGGCCUGCUGAGUGGCCCUGGCUUCAGGAAGAGGCGAUGUCCUCAGUCACCCUGGAAGGCUGUGUGCGUUGGAGCCACGAGAUUGGACAGAUUCCUGGCCCUAGGUUUGGGCUGCCAGGCCCCUGGGGCCAAGGAAGAAGGCAGCCCAAAGUGGGUGUCCGGCGAGAGCCUGGCCUGCCACCAGCCUAUGUGAUCCUGGGCAAGUCCCUGCCCUCCCUGGAACGAAGGGCCAGGGGGCUGGACUUUCCCAGGCAACUUGCUGGGCAAAGCACGAUCCGCAGUUUUGAAGACUCACCAGGCCCUGGGCCAUAUGGAGUGGGAACGGCCCAGGCCUUGGAGCGGCAGUCCCAGCUUUGAGGCCCAGGCAAGGGCCGGCAUUCAGGACCACUGCUUCUCAGCUGGCCUUUGACCUUGGGGACAUCGGACUCAACCUGGCAGAUGAAGCUGGGCACCCCCUGGCCAGGCUGGUCUCUCUGGAGGCCACCGUCUCACUAUCUCGGGUUGGCUGCUGGCCUCGAGGUCCCAGGCGGGGACUGUUCUGAUAAGCUGGCAUCACCAGGGGUGAAGGCCCUGGCUGCAGCGGCACACCUCCUGGGCCCCAGGCCCGUGGUCUCGGGGGUUCACACACCAGCCCACCUCUGCAGGGCUCCUGGUGGCCCCAGGAAUAUUUCUGCUGUCUAGCCCUUCCCUGCCACCACCCCAAGCCAGGAACCCACUCCCUCCAGAGGCUGGGCUGAGCCUUGGCCAGGGCCAGGGCCCAGGAGACCAUUCCUAGAAUCCACGGGGCAGCCGCCAGGGCUCCGCUGCUGGAGGAAGCAGCUCUCCACAAAGCUUCCUGCAUGGGCUGAGGAGCUGGGAAAGGCCAGCCCCUAUCACAAAAAUGACCCCCGGGGCCAGGCCUUCACCCUGGCUUUGAUCACCCCACUCACGCCUGUGCGCACACCAGGGUGCAGCUGCCAACGUCACACCAGCUCCAAACCCCUUUGGGGGAGCUUAGCCCCUGUGUCACACACUCCCUGCACAUUUGCUGCCAUCAAGGUGGUGCCGGUGUGGGGGGCCCCAGUGGCCAGCAGGAGACCCCGAGAGCUGGCUUGGACAAUGCUCUUCCCCCCUAGUUACUGGCUGGCUGUGGCUUCAGUGGGUGUAAGCUAAUGGAAUACCCACCCACCGAGCUCUGGGGUACCCGGGGAGGCCUGAUGAGGGUGGGGUGGGGAUGGUACCCCCGAAGCCUGGCCUCCACCCCAGCCUCAGCCGGGGCCCCAGCGAUGUUUUCUUGUUGUACAAGAACCAGGUCCAAGUGUUGCCUCCUCUUCCUUCCGGAAGCCAAACUGCUCCUUUAUUUUUUAGAGCUGCUGAUUGAUUGUGAAUCUCAGAGUCUUAAGAGAGAAGCCAAAUAUAUUCCUCUUGUAAAUGAAGAAAUAAACCUAUUUAAAUCA